AUGCCUUGCAAUGGGUGUCUGGAGAUUGUCAGCCACGCAAUCAAUAGAGAUGAGUCUUGCGCCAGAAGUCGUCAGUGGCAAACAGAUACUUGGAGCUUGGUCGAGUCAGCAAAGACCUGCCCGUGUUGCGAACUGCUUUGGGUUCUCUUCGUGGAGCCAGCGCUCGUCCACGCAAAAAAGCGAUUUCCUGAAAAGGAUUACAAUUCAUGCCGCGUGGUUAACUUGGAUAUAUCAAAUACUGGGGGACGAAACGAUUUGAAUCGAGUUCUCUGGGCAACAGCUCUCAUCACAGUGGACGCCGAACACCAAGGGAGAGUCUUUCUCAACUACGGCUUAAUCGGUGUUUCUGUUGAAGACGCAAUUGAAUAUCCAGGUAUUUUAGACUUGAUAGCUAGCACGGACCUGCCUGGAAGUAAAGUCACUCAUGCAAGCGUAACAGAUCAUCUCCAUCCGCCUCUCUGGACUCUCAGUCACACUUCAUCCCAUCUCACACUGGCAGAGGCAAGCAUCAGUUGUGCGAAGCUUUGGCUCGACAACUGUGAGGGGGGCGGACAUCGCGAAUGCCAGCCUGCCAAAGGAUUAUUGCCAACGAGACUCAUCGAUCUUAGAGCCAACAAUAGUCUACGCCUUGUGCAUACAAACCGUCUAAAGGAGCAAGAAGGAGGGAUACGCUAUGCAACGUUGAGCCACUGUUGGGGGCCACCAGGGGUAAAAGGCCCCCUGAAAUCCACCAGGGAAACAACGGAAGCUUUCGAACAAGAAAUACCAGAAAGCAUGCUUCCAAGGACCUUUCGAGAUGCGGUCACCAUUACACGGUCCCUGGGUAUUCCUUACCUGUGGAUAGACUCUCUGUGCAUUGUCCAGGACGAUUCUGAUGAAUGGCAAAGAGAGGCGUCUCGAAUGAAAGAUGUAUACUCUGGUAGUGUUCUUACCGUUUCUGCCAUUUACGGUAGAGAUAGCAGCUCGGGUCUUUAUCCGGAAAAUGAUUCAAAACUCGAGCCUGGUGGAGGCACGUCAGGGACGGAGCCAUCUUCAUCAACAAUCAACAACAAGAAGGUCGGGCAUUUCUCGUACAAUCAUCAGAAAGAUUUAUCCGGCCGUCACCAAAGUGUAAUGGUCCGUAUGGAAGGGAAGAGUACUCGACACCGGUUGGAGGAAGCCCAUCUCAGCACUCGAGGCUGGGCUUGUCAAGAACAGAUACUGUCACGCCGAAUUGUGCAUUUUCUGGACUCAGAGAUCCAUUGGCAAUGUAAAAGGAUCUAUCAUACUCAGUCGGGUCGGACCUCCGACGAAGGGUAUCUGAGUUGCGAAGCGAACUCUACCGAAUUGGAUGGUGGCGAAAACGAACUCCGCGGUUUCAACCAUUGGCCCAACUGGAUUGAAAAUUACACUUGCAGAGAUUUUACAAUUGCUUCUGACAGAAUGCCGGCAUUUUCUGGUAUUACUGAACACUACCAGGGUCUAAUUGACCAGGAGGUGCUCUUAGGCAUCCGUCGCGACUCUCUAGCAAGGGAUCUAUCAUGGGUGAGAAUGGGCCCAGAAAAAGGCCCGGCGAAUACCGAAGCGCCUUCUUGGAGCUGGCUUUCUUGCAAUGCGCCUGUUUGUUUAGACCAUUUCAAGAGGCUGGGUGGGGAUGUCGAGCCCGUACUUCGCACGAUUGCGGUCGACUGCCACGUGGAUUGGACAGGGCCGGCGAUGACCUCUACCAUUCAAGCGGCCGCGUUUCGUGUACGUGGCCCAGUCAUGCAAUUGGCGUUGAGAAUAUCCCCAGAGUCUUUGAUUUUCAAUCCCCCGCAUUUUGUCAUCGGCGAGGACGAGCUGGCAGCGUGGCAUCUCACCAAGGGGCCCGUACCGCGGCGUUGUGUGGGACAAUUUGACCACGAAAACCAUCCUGGGGAUAUCAAAACCGAAUACACUUGCCUUCUUCUUUUCUCACGCACGUACCAGGAUGAAGCAAAACACAGGGAGACCUUUCUGUUGCUUUUACCUGACCCCGAGACUCUAGUGGACGGGCAGCUUGAGACUACGAAGCCAUGUAGCUUCCACCGCGUAGGAGUUGCAAUGAUCAAGGGAUCUGACGAGACGUUUUCUGGGGCCGAAGAAAGAACUCUGGACCUAUCAUGA